GUGCUGUUUUUUCUGGUGCCGGUAGCAACUUGGUUAACAUCUGAGAGAUGUCAUUGAUUAAUAAAUAAUUACAACAUAUAAAUCAACUCACCAAACUUAAGUAUGAAGUGCUGCUGUGUUGAACCAUCCUCUCGAUAAAAUGAACGUAAAAAUAUACGUGUCUUCCAAGCUGGUAGAGCAGUGCACUUUUUGCCAGUUGUAUGGGAUAAUCGAAGUGCAGCGAGAUGAAAUCCGUUUUGUGGUGCUGGAUGACAAACUUCGACCCGGUACCUAUUUGGUGGGAGAAAUCUGCAGUGAAUCAGAUUAUCGGCGAUUGAUGCGGCAAUCGGAUUCUAAUGACAGUCGGGAUUUGCUACUGCUAGAGGAAAACUUCCUGCGUCUUUCGAUCUCAGAUCGUGGCCGCGUGAAGCAUGUUACCAUCAAGGUAAAGGGAGUCACUAUAGAAACACUAAACAAGGUGAUGAUCGUUUACGACGAGCGAGGUUUCUCUAAUUUGGCCGAAGGAGGCCUGAUAGACGACGAUGAUGACAAUGAUUUGCUACAUCUGGCGCGGCUCAUCAAAUCCUCUAAGCCUCAGUCUAAUUCGGCUUUGCAAGACUUGCUGGGCUGGGCUAGCUCCAGUCAAUUGACGAAUUUGAUAGUUUAUAUGCUGGGGCCACUUGUGACUCUGUUACGAAUACUUUUUAAAAAGACAGCCUUGUUUUAUCAUUGCUCAGAGUGGAAUGAAAGCAUCAAAAGCAAAAGUUUUAAUGGAGCAAAAUGGGCCUUACUGUUCGAUAUAGGAUUUGGUGUAAUCGUGUUAUCAAUGGUUCUUUACUUUGGAAACCCUGGAGUACAUUUCAUGGAAUACGCCGAGCUUGUAGUAAACCACUUGCGAGAACUCCUGCAGACACUACGUGGCAGUCCUAUCGGUUUAAAACUUAAUGCCCCACUGAACGACUUUUUCCUGAGCUGUUUUCUGUACCACGUGGAUUUGUGGUGGACAUUUCUGAUACUUGUUUCGCCCGCAAUAAAAUUUCUUUUUAUACCACUGUCAAUAUUGGGCCUGCUGGGUCUCUCAUUCCAGCUGGCAAUGCUGUCGGACCUCCUAAUUCUGAUCAGUUUGCAUGCUCAUUGCUUCUACAUCUACGCGGCUGUUCUAUACCGCAUAGAAAUAGGGGGCAUUCGUGCACUUUGUCGGAUAGUUCUGGGCAAAAAGAAAAAUGUACUACGGAAUCGUGUUGAGUCGCACGAGUACAUGAACCGUCAGCUGUUUCUGGCAACUUUAACUUUUGCAGUUCUGCUUUUCCUACUUCCAACUAUACUAGUGUAUUACGUCGUAUUCGCCACGCUCCGUUUUGCCAUCUACUGUGUAUCGUACAUACUGAUGACUGUAAGAAGGAUGAUACUUCAGUUUCCGUUUGACGCUAUGAUCCUCUGGAUGCGGGGCGCAUAUACGGACGUGGACAGUUUGGAAAUCUAUAACAUUGGUUCGAACGCACAUGAAAACAUUACCAUCAUUUAUGUAGCUCCCAAGGUAAGCAAUUGUUUCUGGAAAAGCCGAUCUCAUCGAUCACAGAAAGGGAUCGGAAAUAAUCAGUUUGACGAAAUGGCUGCGAAAAGAAAUACCAUUACGAUUGGACGCUUUUUAGUGAGUCUAAUUCGAGGGGAGAUGGUUGCCUUUAUUCAGCCAGAUGAAAGUAACUAUCGGAAAGAUUUUAAUAUAGAAUAA